AUGCCCGCCGCCGGCAAGGCCAACGGUAAGGGCAAGGGAUUUGCCAACGGCAAGCCCCGCCCAGACCCCAUCGCCAUGCCCAAGCCGCAGCACCGCCAGUCGACAGGUCCCAAGACUCCCAAGACUCCCCAGGACGAGGCGAUCGCCUUCUUCACAGGCGAGGGCGACGGCGACCUCGUACAGGUCUGGGAGCUGUGGCUCGAAGACGACGGCGGACCCGAUGCGGCCAAGUCGUACGUCCGCCUGCCCGCGCCAGUCAAGCCGUACGUGCUCCGCUUCUCGAUCCAGCCCGGAUCCAACUGCGCGCGCAACGGUGUCCUCAAGAGCGACUUUCCCGUCGACGGCGGUGUGUUUGAGCGCGGCGUGUGGAAGGAGCGCAAGCUGCCCUCGGACCUGAGCAAGCCGAUCCAGGUGGACCUUGCCAUCUCUGCCCCCGGCGCGUUUUGUUAUUACAUUGAGCACGACGGGCCCGACGGCCAGCGCGUGACGGGCCGCAAGGGCUACUUCAACGUCGACCCCAUCAUGACCGUGCCCGAGCGCACACCGUUUGCGAUCACGCACGGCGCCGAUGUGCUGCACGACACGUCGUCGGCGGCCGUCACGGCCAAGGACAUUUCGCUGACGCUCGACUCGCUCAUCAUCAUCUCCGUCAUUGCCAAGUGGCAGGGAAAGGUCACCGAGUGGGACCCGUACCUCGCCGAGGCCAGCAGGAGGGGCUACAACAUGAUCCACUACACCCCGCUGCAGCCGCGCGGCUCCUCGGGAUCGCCAUACUCCAUCCUGGAGCAGCUGGCGUUUGAGCCCACCAUGCUCUCGGACCCCGACGCAGCGGACGGCGGUCUCGCCGAGGUAGAGGCCACGAUGAAGCGCGCAAAGGCAAAGUAUGGCCUGGGAGGCAUCACGGACGUGGUCCUCAACCACACGGCGUUUGAUUCGCCAUGGCUUCUCGAGCACCCCGAGGCUGGAUAUUCGCCCGAGAACACGCCCCACCUCGCGCCCGCUGUGGCGCUCGAGGACGCCAUGUUUGAGCUGGGCGACAAGCUCGCGUCGCUUGGGCUGCCUACUACCAUCAAGAAUGAGAACGACCUGGCCCAGGUUGCCGCUGCUGUCCAGGACGCGAUCAACGACGCGGCCAUCUGGCGCUACUAUGUGUUUGACGUGGGCUCGUCGGUCAAGGAGGUCGAGGCGUCCCUCAAGGCCGGGUCUGCCAAGUUCUGGGCCGGCGAGCAGCACCUCGGUGGCAAGACCCACGAGGAGCUCGCUGUCAUUAUCAAGAACCAGCCGGGCUUUAUCGAGGGCUACCGAGCAUGGAGCGGGCCCUACUGCACCGCAGUGCCCGCACCCGCCGCUGCUGGGUUUGCAAAAGUGGCAUUCCCAGACGCGGACGCCCACACCCAGGCGAAGGAGUGGGGCAAGGUGCUCGACGUCAUCAACGUCGACCUCUACAAGGAGGCCAACGACGACUUGGCUGCCGCCAAGGACGGCGUGAUCGGUCGUCUGAGGUACACCCGCCUCGAUUCCGGUGGACCUAAGCUGGGCGAGAUCAACAAGAAGAACCCCCUUGUUGAGCCGUACUUUACGCGCCUGGCCAAGAACGCCCAGACGGCCAAGCACCCGCAGAAAUCGCUCACGGUCGCCAACAACGGCUGGAUGUGGGGUGCCGACCCGCUCAAGAACUUUGCAGAGUACCCGUCCAAGGCGUACCUCCGCCGCGAGGUGAUUGUGUGGGGCGACUGUGUCAAGCUGCGCUACGGCGACAGCAAGGAAGCCAACCCGUGGCUCUGGGCCCACAUGACCGAGUACGCCGAGCUGCUCGCGGGUGUGUUUGAUGGUUUCCGCCUGGACAACUGCCACUCGACCCCGCUCCAUGUCGGCGCGCACAUUAUCGAUGCCGGUCGUCGCAUCAACCCAAACCUCUACGUCAUGGCCGAGCUGUUUACGGGCAGUGAGGCGAUGGACCUCAAGUUUGUGCGCGAGCUGGGCAUCAACUCGCUCGUGCGCGAGGCGUACAACGGUGGAGACAAUAAAGAGUUUUCGCGUCUCCUCUACCGCUUUGGUGUCGGCAAGCCUAUCGGCUCCAUGGACGCCGAGUGUCUGUCGUCGCCCGGCGAGCUGCCCUCGCUGUACGGUACAGGUGCGCCGCGCAAGGCCAUCAUCACGCCGCUGCAGGGAUCGCAGCCGCAUGCCGUCUUCUACGACGUCACCCACGAUAACGAGUCACCGGCCCACAAGCGUACUGCCGAGGACGCGCUUUCCACUGGCGCCCUCGUGACGUUUACAAAGGCGGCGCUCGGCUCCAACAAGGGCUUUGACGACCUGUACCCGCAGCUCCUCAACCUCGUCACGGACACGCGCAUGUACAACGUCACGGACGCUAGCGACGAGCAAGGCAUCGGCCGCGUCAAGCGUGUCCUCAACCACCUGCAUGUCACGAUGAUGAACGGCGGCUACGAGGAGGGCCACGUCCACGAGGAGGGCCAGUACAUUAUGAUCCACCGUGUGCACCCGCGCACCCACAAGGGCUACCUGUUGCUCGCGCACACUGCGUUCCCGGGCUCGUCGGGCCGCGGGUGGAUCAACCCCGUCAAGCUGUCGCGCACGCAAGCCAAGUUUAUCUUUGGCGCGUCGCUCCAUACCCGCAUGGGCGAGUGGAAGGAUGACCCCGAGGUCCACUACGGCAUCCCGUCGACGCUGACCGAGAUCACCGAGGUCAACCUGUCGUCGGGCCACGACGAUAACGGCGACUACACCGAGAUCCACGUGCCCGACCAGUUUGACCCGGGAAGCAUCCUCGUGUUUGAGACGGACAUGGCCGGAGUGCCGCGCGACCUCGAGGAGAAGAUCCGCGACGGCGCAGACGCCGCCAUGGCCGACCUGGACCUCGUCGACCUCAAUGUCGUCCUGCACCGCGCCGACGGCGAGGAGCGCGAUGCCACAGGCGGCGACGGCGUGUACACGAUCCCAGACUAUGGCUCGCUGGUCUACUGCGGCCUCGAGGGCUGGAUGGGCCCCCUGCGCCACAUCAUGGCCAACAACGACCUCGGCCACCCCAUCUGCGAGCAUCUCCGCAAGGGUACCUGGGCCUUGGACAAUGUCUGCAACCGCCUCGAGCGCGAGACGGAUACUUUACCGCACCUCGCCAAGCCUGCCGCGUGGUACAAGGAGCGCUUUGACAUUAUCAAGGCGACUGUCCCUUCGUUCAUGCGUCCCAAAUACUUCGCCCUCGUCAUCUUUGAGGGCUACAAGGCCGCGCGCCGAGCUGUCAUGGAGCAAAUGUCCGACUUUAUUCUCUCGGGCACAGAGUUUACACACGACCUCGCCCUGUGCGCCGUACAGAUGUACGGUCUGGUCAAGUCCGCGUCGAUCAACCCCAACAAGCCCGUGGCCAGUCUUGCGGCUGGUCUGCCGCACUUUACUGCCGGCUGGGCACGCUGCUGGGGCCGCGACGUGUUCAUCUCCCUCCGCGGCCUGUUCCUCACCACGGGCAACUUUUCUGCUGCGCGCGACCAUAUCCUCGCGUUUGGCACGACGCUCAAGCACGGCCUCAUCCCCAACCUGCUCGACUCGACGCGCAACCCGCGCUACAACUCGCGCGACUCGCCGUGGUGGUUUAUCCAGAACAUUCAAGACUACACCACGAUGGCGCCCGACGGUCUUGCCAUCUUAAAGGACACGGUCAAGCGCCGGUUCCCCGCAGACGACACUUGGGUGGCGUGGGACGACGAGCGCGCGUUUGCGUGGAGCAGCACGGUCGCCGAGCUCAUCCAGGAGAUCCUCCAGCGCCACGCGAGCGGCAUCGAGUUCCGCGAGUACAACGCAGGGCCCAACCUCGACAUGGACAUGGCCGACGAGGGCUUCAACCAGAAGAUCUGGACCGACUGGACAACGGGUUUCAUUCAUGGUGGUAACCGCUACAACUGCGGUACGUGGAUGGACAAGAUGGGUUCGUCGGCCAAGGCGGGAAACAAGGGCCUCCCUGCCACGCCGCGUGACGGUGCCCCCAUCGAGAUUACUGGUCUCCUCAAGUCGACACUGUCGUGGCUCGACGGGCUCAGCGCAAAGGGCCAGUUCCCGUUCAAGGGCGUCGACGCCACUGUCAACGGCCAGAAGCGGCUCGUCACGUACAAGGAGUGGGCCGACCUCGUGCAGGCUGCGUUUGAAACCCACUACUAUGUCCCCUCGGACCCUGCCGACGAUGCCAAGUACGCCGUCAACACGGCCCUUGUCAACCGCCGCGGCAUGUACAAGGACGUGUAUGGGACCCCCAAGGACCGCGAGUACAGCGACUACCAGCUGCGCUGCAACUUUACUUUGCCGAUGAUUGUCGCGCCCGAGCUGUUUACGCCUGCGCACGCCGUCGAGGCACUGCGUCUCGCCGACCGCACCAUCCGCGGGCCCUUGGGCAUGAAGACGCUCGACCCGGCCGACUGGGCGUACCGCCCCGACUAUGACAACCAGAACGACGGCGACGACCAGAGCGUCGCCAAGGGGUGGAACUACCACCAGGGCCCCGAGUGGGGCUUCCCGCUCGGCUGGUUCCUCACCGCGUGGCUGCGCUUCGACGUGCUCGCCGGCGACGGCCAGGGCGGCAACGCGGGCGUGACGCACCACCACGUCUCGCAGCUGCUCCUCCGCCUUCGCGAGCACAUUGACGGCGACAUGUGGCGCGGCCUGCCCGAGCUGUGUAACCAUGACGGCAGCUACUGCCGCGAUUCGUGCAACACACAGGCGUGGAGCGCGAGCACUAUUCUGGACUUGCUCGAGGAGCUGCACGAGAUUGGCGUGGCGGCUAGGCAGGCGGCCAAGAAUUAA